AUGAAUAUUAGGAAAAAGAUUGAUGACAUAAGAAGUCUGAGAUUAAUAACUGCUGUGAAAACUCCAUACCUACCAAAUGGCGAAUUCGACCUCGAAGCAUAUGAUAAUUUGGUGAAUAUACAAAUAGAAAAUGGUGUUGAAGGAAUUCUUGUUGCUGGAACAACUGGUGAAGGCCAACUAAUGAGCAUAAAUGAUAAAGUAAUGCUAAUUGCUCACACAGUCAACUCAUUUGGUGAUAAAGUAAAAGUCAUUGGUAAUGCAGGAAGCAACUCAACAUCACAAGCAAUUACUAUAACUGAGCAUGGUUUUGCUGUUGGAAUGGAUGCAGCACUUCAUAUAAACCCUUACUAUGGAAAAACCUCAAUGAAAGGUUUGGUUGCACAUUACAAUAGUUUGCUUUCUAUAGGACCUGUUAUUAUAUACAAUAUACCUUCAAGAACUGCUCAAGAUAUUCCUCCUAGUGUGGUUGAAAUAUUGGCUGAAAACCCUAAUUUUGUUGGUGUGAAAGAGUGUGUGGGAAAUGAGAGGGUGAAAAUGUAUACUGAUAAAGGGAUUGUUGUGUGGACAGCAAAUGAUGAAGAAAGUCAUGAGGAUAGAUGGGAAUAUGGUGCUGUUGGGAACAUGUCUGUUGCUAGUAAUUUGAUUCCUGGUUUAAUGGUGAAGCUUAUGGUUGAUGGAAAUGAUCAUUUGUUGAAUUUGAAGCUUAUGCCUUUGUUUGAUUGGCUUUGUUUAGAGCCAUGUCCAAUUGCUUUGAACACUGCUCUUGCUCAACUUGGUGUUAUUAAGCCAGUUUUUAGGCUACCAAGUGUGCCUUUGAGUUGGGAGAGAAGGGUUGAGUUUGUGGAAUUGGUGAAGGAAAUUGGAAGAGAGCAUUUUGUGGGAGAAAAUAAUGUUGAAGUUCUUGAUGACCAGGACUUUAUCAUAGUUGAUCGUUAUUAG